AUGAGAAAUGUGACAAGGAACACAUAUGUAGAACCAAAUCUGAGCCAUGUCAAAUUAAGAGAUGAAGAAUAUAAAGCUAUCACAAAAAUAAAAAUUUUACUUUUUUGUUUUAUUAGUUUAUUUAUAUAUUCUUGGUGUAUAAGCAUAAUAUAUGUGUAUCCCUUAAAAGUUAGUGAUACAUAUUUCACUCUGCAUUUUACUCUUCAAGGAGUUGGUAGUUUGAUUCUGGGAUUGCUAUCCGAUAUAUUUGGACGUAAAAAAUGUUUAAAUGUUUCUUUUAUCUCGUUAAUUUUAAUUUCGACACUAACGUUUUUUUCACUCAAUCCAUGCUUGUUUCCAUUUGAACAUAAAUGUAAAAAUGAAAUCACAAAUUUAAGGAAAGCGUAUGAUGGUGAUGAUGUUAAUUUCAUGAAUCAUGUAACAGAAUCUCACUAUUCGAAAGGAUCAAGUGUUUAUGGAACGUUAUGUCAACAUUUUAAAUCAGCUGAAUUGUCAUACUUUGCAUACCCAGUGGAAACUGUACAUCAGGUCAGAAACAAAAAAGAGGAAAGGACAAAUCCACAAUAUCCAAAAAUGGAUAAAGGGGAAAAAAUUUACCACCACUCUAAAUUACAUAAUUGCAAUUAUUAUGAACAGUUAGAAAAUGUGAACAUAAAUAAAGGGAAGAACAAAAAUUCAAGGAAAAUAAACAAAGUAAAUAAAAUUAUUAACCUAGGGAAAUUCAAACUUAGAAAUCAUUACUAUGCUAAUUAUGAUUCAUUUGAAAAUUUCUACACUGAGCACAAGUGUGAAGCUCAUCAGAGUAAAAUUACGUACAAAUUACAUUAUUCUAAAAAGUACAUUACUAACAAUUGUAGUUCUAACAAAGCAAAUUAUUUCGAUGCACUUUUUUAUCAAAGAAACGGGAGAAUCAAUUGCGUGAAUUCUCCUCUUCAUGGAGAUUCGACUAAGACUAAUCAUAUAGAUGUCAACAUGGAUAAUACAAACGACCCCCAGGAGUUCCAUAAUUUUUGCAAUAACCAAAUUAAGAAGUGGCCUAUCGGAUUGUCCAACUUAGAUAGAGAAGAACUACAUAACCAUUUAUUAACAACCAUUAGUCGCAAAUCAAGUAUAAAAAGGAAAAAAAAUUUUAAAAACUUGGAAACUUUUCAUAAAAUCUGGAAAUGUAUUCUUGAUAAUUUGAAUGAUACUUCCUUUCCUGAGGAGAAACUCUCCCCAAAUAUCAGUAAUAAAAACGAGAAUACUACAAUAUGGAAGAAAAAGAAAAAAAAAAUUUACAUAAAUCAAAGCAACACUCUUAGAGGCAUUAACAGAAAAGGAGCAUAUUCAUUGAACAAUCCAUUUUGUCGAAUUGGAGAAAUUUCUACAUGCAAGUUCAUGUAUAUCCCUGAGAUAAAUGAAGUAGAAAUGUUAACACAUAGUAUAGGAAGACACAAUUUUACCGAAGAGAUGGAAGAUCGUGAAAAAUGGAGUAGUAACAAAAGUGAGACUUAUGGAGAUAGUAGGACAUGGUCCCAACACUUACUCCCAUUUUAUAUUCUUUCAUGUUUAUGUGGCUUCUUCGCCAAAGGAAUUAGCAACAUUCUUUGUAUUAUCAUCAUGGAGAAUGUAAAACCGAUAGACAAGACAAAAGCAGUUUUUCUCAUUAUCUGGGUCGAAGAAAUACCCAUAUUUUUGACUCGACUAAUUCUUUGGUUGAAGGAAUUUACAAAUAUGUACAUUUUAUACAAAAUGAACAUUCUUUGCUACAUCUUGUUAAGCCUGUUAAUCAUCCUGGUAUUGAAUCUGCACUUGGAUUGUCAUCUCCAUGUGGACAUGUGGAAAAUGCAAAGAAGCAAUGUUCAGAAGUUGUGUGAUGAAUAUGAAGACGACUUUGCUCAACAUUCAGCCCAUGCUUUGGAUCACCAUGAAGAGAAAAAAAGGACUCAAAACGGUUGCAAAGGUGCUGAUUCGGGAGAGCAAAUAAUGUGUAGCAGUGGGAAUGAUAGUCUUAAUGGAAGUCAUAAUGGGAAUUUUAAUCUCAGUAGGAAUGGCCGUGUUAAUGGUGACCUUUUUGCUGUAACAAAAUUUCGCAAGACAGGCCAAGAGUACAAGGAAUGGGAGAAAAUGCCAUUACACCAGGGAAAAGAACACUCAGAUUUUGUUCAUAAUGAUACACAUGAAAAUAGUACUCAUGAUAAUUUUCAGACGAAGAAAAACUUAUCAUUUGAUGGAAAUUAUCUCCUUAUCAAAUAUGUAAACUUGAGGAAAAAGAAAAAAGUGGAUGAUACUCCCGAGAAUGUUUGGGAUAUUUUUCGAAAAAAUUAUAACUCCUUAAAUUGUCAUUCCAGUGUGGAAAGAAAAGCCAAAUUGAAGGAGGUGAAAGUGAAUUAUACAGAUUUGUUUACAAAGAAUAUAUUAAAAAAAGAUUAUAAUAAAAUUUUUCCAACACGCAAACUAUGCAGAAAUAAAGAAUUUUUGCAUUAUUGUAAAAAUUUAAAAAAAAGAAAAAAGUGGGAAUUGUACAAAAUGUGGAUAUGGUAUCAUAUGAAUGCACACAAAUGCAUCCUUGUAGCAUUAAGUGUUUUAUACUUUCUUUUUCAUUUUUUAUACAUAAAUUUUUUUUUAACGGGAAAUAUAUUUAUUUCAAACAUAAAAAAUGAGUCCACUUUUUACGAAUUUAAUAAAUCUACCAUUUUAUUAAAUUUGUUCAUUCUCCUUUUUUCUUUUUUUUUAUAUUGUCAAUUAAACAAAAUUUUUAUAAAAAUGUUAAAUUUAUUUUUCCAUUUGAUAAUUAUAUUUAUGUCUUUUGCUUUUCUUUUGUUUAUUUAUUCAACAUCAGAAGAUGAAAUUCGUUUAUUUGAUAAUACAUAUAUUUUUUAUACCCUUAUUUUUAAUUCAUUUCUGUUCAUACAAAAAGCUUCAUUAUUUUGUUUUUCCAUAAACUGUGUCUACACUGUAUGUAAGGCUUUCCUACUUGGACUUUUUAUUUUCUCUGGUCAUUUGGGUUUCAUUACUUAUACUAUUAUUCGAUUUUUUGUAUCUCCUGAAUGCAUAACUCCGUUCAAUUUAAUUUGUUCAUGUAUUGUGUGCAUUUUGUCAUCUAUCUUAAUUGUCUUAUUCAUUCCUCAUAUCAGUACGAACGUCGAUUAUCACCUAAUUGACGAUGCAUACUUCAACCAUUUUUUAUUUUACAUGUGUAAUAAGAAGACCAUUUCUCCACAUUUUUCAACUGUGUUUACUUCUCACCCAUAG